AUGGCUACCAGAUUCGAACAACCCGUUUCCGCCACCAAGCUUGACGUUAUCGUUGUUGGCGCCGGUCUCAGUGGCCUCGCCGCCGCGAUCUCCACCAGGCUCUCCGGCCACAACGUCACAGUGUUUGAGUCGGCAAGAGAGCUACAGGAAGUUGGUGCAGGUCUUCAGCUGACGCCCAAUUGCACACUUAUACUUCAACAAUGGGGACUACCUGACCGAUUCUGGGCGACUGCUGCUGAACCGACUGAACUACUUGUCCAUCGCUAUUCUGGAGAGAUCCUAGCCAUAGAGCACGACUUCAACAAGAACAUCCGGGCCAAAUAUGGAGCGCCUUUUCUCGACUCUCACCGCGUCGACCUUCAACUCGCUCUAUAUGACCGGGCUAGAGAAUUAGGUGUUCACUUUAACCUCGGUGAGAGAGUGAGCACGAUCGAUUUCGACAUCCCUGAACUUGUUACCAUGUCUGGUCGGUCGGCACGCGGCGACCUUAUCAUCGCAGCGGACGGACUGUGGUCCAGAAGCCGCGCACUCUUUACCGGAACAGAUGAAGCGCCUCGCCCCACCGGAGACCUUGCGUACAGAGUGAUGCUCGACCUUGACCAGGUGAAUGAUCCAGAGCUACGGCAAUGGAUCCAAAACCCGACAGUACAUUUUUGGAUCGGACCCGGCGCUCAUGCGGUUGGAUACUCUCUGCGAGGAGGCAACAUGUACAACAUUGUGCUGUUAGUCCCAGAUGAUCUUCCUGCGGGAGUAAGUCGACAACCUGGUUCUGUUGAGGAAAUGAGAGCACUCUUUACCGGCUGGGAUCCAGUUUUGACAAGGCUUCUCGAUAUGAUUGAUUCGGUGGAGAAAUGGAAGUUGAUGCACCGCGAGGAGUUGCCUACGUGGAUCAACGAGAAGGCGAACUUUGUCUUUGUUGGUGAUGCAUGUCACCCGAUGUUACCAUAUCUAGCACAAGGUGCGAACUCGGCAGUGGAGGACGGUGCUGUACUUGGACUUCUACUUGGCCACAUAAACUCCAAGCAUGAGUUAUCCAAGGCUCUAGGCAUGUAUCAGCAGUUGAGGAAGACGCGAGGUGAUGCAAUCGUGCGAGAGACCUUCAAGCAGAGAGAGGCCUUUCACAUGCGAUGCGGCCCAGCACAGGAAGCACGCGACCAGGUGUUCUUGUCGCAAUUGCACAAGCCGCUCAAAGGACCCUUCCCCAGCAGAUGGACCUGUCCAGAAGUGCAACCUUGGCUAUAUGGAUAUAAUGCCUUUCAGGAGGUCCAGACGGCAAUACAGAUCAGCCCCUUCAGGCCGACUGAGCCGUUACGAGGCGGUAUCCCAAGCACCAACGAGGCUACUAAUGUCAAGACUCCUACUGUGGGCGUUCGUUGCCUCGUUUCGGAGUCUGCGAGGAUAGUACCUACAUUGAUUGGCGCUCGAAUAUAA